AACAAACUAUAUAAAAAAGAGAUAGGAUGGUGGAGAAGUUACAGAGUUUCCACUAUGCUUUGCUUGCUGGUUUCACUCUUGCUGUUCUGAUUCAUGCUCAGGAUCAAUCAGGAUUCAUUAGCAUAGAUUGUGGCUUACCAGAAGGUUCGGACUAUACAGAUGAUGUUACUGGCAUAAAGUAUACUUCAGAUAAAAACUUCACAGAUACUGGAAUAUCAUGGAAUAUAACUUCAUCAAGAAAGACAAUUUCUGAUGUGAGAAGUUUCCCUGAAGGUAACAAAAACUGUUACACCCUGAAUCCUGCUCAAGGAAAAAACGGUAAGUAUUUAAUCAGAGCCCGCUUCAUGUAUGGAAAUUAUGACUGUCUAGCUAGUGUGCCACGGUUUGAUCUGUAUAUUGGGGCUAAUCACUGGGAGACAAUAAGUUUGGAGAAUGCUUCCAGUAUUUUAACCACGGAGAUCAUACAUGCUCCUUCAACAGAUUAUAUAUUUGUCUGUCUUAUUAAUAAGGGCCUUGGAGUACCAUUCAUUUCAGCACUAGAGCUUAGGCCUCUGAAUAGUUCGCUUUACGAGACAGAAUCUCCAACUGAAUCACUUGUACUCCUAGGACGAUAUGACUUUGGCCCUACAACGAAUCAACCAGUGAGGUACAUCGACGACAUAUAUGACCGCAUUUGGACGCCACAAAGCAAUCCUGAUUUGAAAAUUUUGAGCCCCUCGAUCACCGCUGAUACCCGAGAUCUGGAUUCUAGCACCUUUCAAGCACCAAUUUCUGUCAUGAGUACUGCCGUGACACCAGAAAAUGCUGAUGAGAACUUGAACUUUUCCUGGGAAAUUGGAGAUCCAAAUUCCAGAUAUUAUAGUUACAAGUACUUUGCUGAAGUUGAAUUCUUUGACAACCAGACCAGAGAAUUUGAUAUCUACGAAAAUGGGGAUCUGAAAUCUAAAGCUGUUAGUCCUAGUUAUUUAUUGACAGAAACCACCUACACCACAAAGCCAUUCGCAGGAGAAAAAUUAGAGCUUCAAAUCAGAAAAACUCAGAGUUCAGACCUUCCACCCAUUAUUAAUGCCAUUGAGAUCUACAAGGUCAAAGAUUCCUCACGAUCCCAAACACUCCAAACUGAUGCUGAUGCUAUUGUGCAAAUAAAAUCAACCUAUCAAAUCAAAAAAACCAGCUGGCAAGGUGAUCCAUGUACCCCUGAAAAAUACAGCUGGGAAAGCCUUAAUUGCAGCAGCUAUGUGGAUAAUAUUCCUCCUAGAAUCAUUUCCCUGGACUUGUCUUCGAGUAGAUUGACAGGGGAAAUAUCUCCAUUCUUUGCGGAUUUGACAUUUCUAGAAGAUUUGAAUCUAUCAGAUAAUAACUUAACUGGAGCAGUGCCUGAUUUCUUAUCUCGACUGCCAUCCUUGAGAGUCCUAAACUUGAAAGGAAACAAGUUCACAGGAUCGGUUCCAGCUGAACUCAAGGAAAGGUCGGACAAUGGAUCACUUGUAUUAAGUUUGGACGACCUGUCUUCUUCAAGCCAAAAAAAGAAUGGGUUUGUUAUUCCACUAGUAGUGUCAGUUGCUGCAACAUUCUCCGCACUCAUAAUUGGAUUGGCUAUCUUCUGCAGUCUUAAGGCAAGGAGAAAGCAUGUUGUUUCAGAGGUGGAAACCCAACUAGCAAGUAAAAAUGAUUCAUUUGCAUCAAAACAUUGGCGAUUUGCAUAUUCUGAUGUCAUAAGAAUCACCAAGAACUUCGCAACAGUUCUUGGUAGAGGAGGAUUUGGAACAGUUUAUCACGGCCGCAUAGAUAAUAUUGAAGUAGCUGUGAAGAUGCUCUCUCCAUCAUCCGCCCAAGGUUACAAAGAAUUCCACGCAGAGGUUGAACUUCUGAUGAGAGUUCAUCAUAGAAAUUUGAUUGCACUCGUUGGCUACUGCAUUGAAGGCUUCAAUAUGGGGCUUAUUUAUGAGUACAUGCCUAGGGGGACCUUGGAGCAACAUUUGGCAGGUAAUAAAAAUCAAUAUUUCUUGAGCUGGGAAGAAAGAAUGCAAAUAGCAUUGGAUGCUGCCCAGGGCUUGGAGUAUCUGCACAAUGGUUGUAAGCCACCAAUGGUCCACAGAGAUGUGGAGCCUUCAAACAUCUUAUUGAAUGAAAAGUUGCAAGCCAAGAUAGCUGAUUUUGGCCUAUCCCGUGUAUUUUCAACUGAAAGUAGCACUAGUAUAUCAACCGCUGUUGCUGGCACCGCGGGAUACCUUGACCCAGAGUGCUUGGUUGUGUCUAGCCGGUUGACUGAAAAGAGUGAUGUCUAUAGCUUCGGACUUGUUCUUUUGAAUAUAAUCACAUGCCAACCGGUAAUACUGAAAUCCUGCGGAAAUACUCACAUAAGUGAGUGGGUAAAAUCAAGGCUCGCAAGGGGGGAUAUUAGAAAAAUAGUUGAUCCCCGUUUAGGGGAAAUUUUCAACAUUAAUUCAGCGUGGAAAGCUGUGGAACUAGCACUAGCUUCUGCUUCUCACGCUUCCUCUAAAAGGCCAACCAUGACUGAGGUAGUGAUGGGAUUGAAAGAGUGCUUAGCAAUACAACUUGGUCAAAAUGAUUACGCCAAUGCCACAGUAAUUAACGGCGCUCGUCUGGAUUCUGAAUUUGCUCCCUUAGCAAGGUAGUAUAGCAUUAUUUAAUUUCUUUCUAGGAAUCUUGUGGAUCUUUGAAUUGGUGUAGUUCAAUCCCUAUAACAAUCAUAAUAUUUUCCAUCUUUGUUGGAUCCGGGGAAGAUGAAUGGAGAUGGAUUGUGUUGGUUUCGUUUUGUUUCUCAAAUAUGGAUCUGAGUAAAGUAUUACUGUUUUAUCAUGUAGGAGUCUAUUAAUUGUCAAAAUCAAUUUCUAGCUCACUCUUAUAUCUAAUUAGCCUUGUA